GGUGUCAGAUUGAGUUAUCUCUACUCUCUCUCUCUCUCUCUCUCUCUCUCUCUCUCUCUCUCUCUUAUAUUCUCCUUUGUUUGGAUUGUGAAACAUAAGUUGAUAAAGAUCAAACGUGGCUGUGGCUCUUUCUGCAUCUCUGUUCUUGGUGUGGGAUCCGUGACUCCUCUGGGAAAACUCCAGCUCCUGCAAAACAGUUGGAUGAUACAAACCGAGGUCUUCAGAAACUAACCGUAGUAGCAGAGGAUUUUAUCCCAGAAGUGAACGCUUGUAGCCAUCUCCAUUGGUUGAGACUCGAGAUUCGAGACCCUUUUCGGGAAGAAGAUCAUAAAGAGACAGAGAGAGAAAGAGGGUUUUGUUUCUUUCGAACCUUUGGACUGAUUGUGUGUGAUAAAGGGUUCUUUCUUUCACGGUUGAGCUUUCGAUUUGAUUCAGGCGCAAGUCACCUUCGAUCGUGGAGGACGGUAGAUUAUUUAAUAAACUCGGCGAAGAAAAUCGCCGGAAUAUUCGUUGGAAGCUCCAUUUUUUUUUCUUUUGUUCCGCGUGGGAAGAGUUGGAGUGAGCAAAUCUCGAGCUUUCUGAGCUAGUUUGAAAUUUUGGAAUCUGAUGGCUGUAAGUGGGGCGAAAUGGCAGUUGCUGAGAUCGCUUGCAAUGAUUGCAGUAAGCUUUCUUCUUGCUUCUGUGUUUGUUUCGGCAGACCGGAGCCUUAAACUCCAAAGUUCAAGGUACAGAGGAACUGAAGAGGUUGUUGAAUCGGAUUAUCUUAUGAAAUUACUAAAUUUCUUGUGGCGGUCGGAUGAAUCAAGUUACGAACAUGUCUGGCCUGAUAUGAAAUUUGGAUGGCAAAUCAUUGUGGGUACUGUAGUCGGAUUCUUUGGAGCAGCGUUUGGGAGUGUAGGAGGUGUCGGCGGGGGUGGGAUCUUCGUUCCCAUGCUUACCCUGAUUAUUGGGUUCGACGCAAAAUCAUCAACAGCUAUUUCAAAAUGUAUGAUCAUGGGUGCAGCCGCUUCAUCUGUUUACUACAAUCUUAAACUAAGGCAUCCAACUCUUGAUAUGCCUAUCAUUGACUAUGAUUUGGCACUUCUCAUCCAACCGAUGCUCAUGCUGGGGAUCAGUAUUGGAGUUACUUUUAAUGUGAUCUUUGCUGAUUGGAUGGUCACCGUCCUGCUAAUUAUUCUUUUUCUUGGCACGUCAACUAUGGCAUUCUUCAGGGGACUUGAAACAUGGAAAAAGGAAACUAUAAUGAAGAAGGAGGCUGCUAAGCUCUUGGAGUCAAAUGGUGCUAGUUCUGAAGAAGUUCAAUACAAGCCUCUACCUGGUGGUCCCAGCAAUGGCCCUGAAAAGGAGACCAAAGCAUCCGGAGAACGGGAGGCCCCUAUUCUUGAGAAUGUCCACUGGAAAGAACUUGGCUUUCUUUUUUUGGUCUGGAUUGCAUUUCUUGUUCUGCAAAUUGCAAAGAACUAUACAACAACCUGUUCGGCAGCGUAUUGGGUUUUGAACUCAUUACAGAUACCGGUUUCUGUGGGAGUAUCCCUGUAUGAAGCAGUUUGCCUAUACAAAGGAUGGAGAGUAAUCGCUUCAAAGGGAGAUGCAGGGACAAACUGGAAAGUGCAUCAACUGGUUCUCUACUGUUUAGGUGGUGUACUGGCUGGUGUAGUUGGUGGACUGCUCGGUCUAGGUGGAGGUUUUAUUAUGGGUCCUCUUUUCUUGGAGUUGGGCAUCCCUCCUCAGGUCUCAAGUGCUACUGCCACCUUUGCCAUGUUAUUCUCCUCAUCCAUGUCAGUUGUAGAAUAUUACCUUCUUAAGCGUUUCCCAGUCCCAUAUGCUCUCUACUUUAUUGCGGUUGCGACGAUUGCUGCCUUUGUAGGGCAACACGUGGUGAGAAAGAUAAUUAUCUUCUUAGGAAGGGCAUCACUCAUCAUCUUCAUUCUGGCUUUCACAAUCUUUGUGAGCGCAAUCUCACUAGGUGGAGUUGGCAUAUCGAAUAUGAUUGUGGAGAUUGAGAAUAAAGAUUACAUGGGUUUUGAGAACCUAUGUCAAUAUUGAUGCUUAGGGUGGACUUUUUCUCCUUUCCUUAAAAUUCUCUGAUUUAAUAUUUCAUUUGAUGUUAUUCAUGUUCUUGAGGCGCCAAGCUACCUCAUGCUUUUGUAUCAAUCUUUGGACUUCUAGGAUGAAAAAAAAAAAACUGUUGGCCAUUUA